UAUGAUUUUAUUGUACAAUAAAUAAAGGUUUUUGAACCAAUGCAAAAUAUUAGGCUCGGUCUGACUCGAGUAACAAAAAGUUUUCUAAUUCAGGGUCAAAACAUCCGGACAGUGAAUAGCUGUCAACGACUGAUAAGAAAGAUGGGCACCAAAGUUUCGCCGUAUGGAUCCUGGGCUUCUCCCAUCAGCAGUAAACUGGUGUCAGAGAGCAGUGUGACAUUCCAGGGCGUACAUGUUGACCCAUGUAUUGAAAACAAAGAUACAGUAUACUGGAGUGAACUGCGGUAUGAUGAAGGUGGGCGGUACGUGAUUUGCUCACACAAGGUUGGCACCGAGGGCUAUCAGUCAUGGACCCCAGAAGGAUUCAACGCCAGAACAAGAGUGCAUGAGUAUGGCGGGGGAGCAGCCUUUGUCUUCAAUGGCACACUGUAUUUUAGCAAUUUUGCUGAUCAGAACAUGUAUAAGCAAACAGCCCCUGGUGAAAAACCUGUCCCUGUCACUAAAGAAGGAAAGGGAUGGCGUUAUGCUGAUGGAAGUUUGAAUGCUAAGACUGGAAGGAUCUACUGUGUGCGGGAGGACCACAGCAGCGGGGUAAAGGGGCAGAAAAAAGAGGCAGUCAACACUGUUGUUACCAUCAACCCAGACACUGGCGACCAGGUAGUUUUGGCGUCAGGAUGUGACUUCUACAGCAGCCCACGAGUGUCCCCCGAUGGCAAGAAGAUUGCCUGGAUCCAGUGGAACCACCCAAACAUGCCAUGGGACACGACAGAGCUAUGGAUAGCAGACCUUAAUGAGACCGGGGAUGGGCUGGUGUCGGGCUCAGCAAAACAGGUAUCUGGAGGGGAUAACACCAGCGUGAUACAGCCAUCCUGGACAUGUGACAAUGAACUGCUCUAUAUCAGCGAUGUCACUGAUUGGUGGAACCUGUACCAUGUGACCGGGAGUGGUGAGCAUGUCAACCUGUUGCCACGGAGCCAGGAGUGUGGGGGCCCACAGUGGGUGUUUGGGCUGUACCCAUACAUGGUGGACCCACGGGGAAAUGGGGACAUUGUUACUGUUACUGGUUCGGAGAUGGGCGUGUACAACCUGAAAACAAAGAAUUACCGCACUGUAAAGAUGGACUUUAUCAACCUGUCAUACGUAAACAUGACCGGGAACGGCUUGGUGUACUGUGUGGCCGGCAGUCCCACCCAGUUCCACUGUGUCAUACAGGUUGACACACAGUCGGACAAGGUGACAGUUUUGCGUGAGUCCAAGUCUCUCUCUGUAGACAAAGCGUACUUUAGCAUUCCCAAGGAAAUUACGUGGACAACCUCCGGCGGGGAAAAGGCGUAUGGUUAUUUCUACCCUCCUGUUAACAAAGACUUUACUGCACCAGAGGGCACAUUGCCACCACUUCUGGUGAAGAACCAUGGAGGACCGACGUCACAGGCAUCCAGCACAUUAAGUCUAAAGACCCAGUACUUCACGAGUCGUGGGAUGGCGGUGCUGGACGUGAACUACCGUGGCAGUACCGGAUAUGGGAAGCAGUACAGACAUAGGCUCCGAGGACAGUGGGGUAUAUUGGACCUUGAUGACUCAUGUACAGGGGCGGAGUUCCUGGCCCAGUCUGGAAAAGCAGACCGCAACAAACUUUGUAUUGAUGGCGGGUCUGCUGGGGGAUAUACAACAUUGGCUGCCGUUACCUUUAGGGAUACAUUUAAAGCUGGAGCGAGCCACUUCGGUAUAGGAGACCUGGAAGCCCUAGCCCAGGAAACACACAAGUUUGAGAGCCGCUACCUCGACACGGUUAUCGGUCCGUAUGUGACAGAGGAGGACAAGAAGAGAUACAAGGAGCGCUCGCCCAUCAACUAUAUCGAGAAACUGAACUGUGCCCUCGCUCUCUUCCAGGGGGAUGAAGAUGAGAUAGUUCCCCCAAACCAAGCUGAGAUGAUGUAUAAAGCAGUGAAGGCGAAAGGCUUGCCGACCAUGUAUGUUCUCUUCAAAGGUGAGCAGCAUGGAUUUCGGAAGGCAGAGAACAUUCAAACAGCCCUGGACGGCGAGUUUUACUUCUUUUCCAAGGUGUUUGGCUACGACCCCGCAGACAAACAUAUCAAUCUACCCAUUGACAACCUGAAGUGAUGUGCCAGACUGCCGCCAGUAGCUCAUGAUGAAAUCCUGGGAAGGAAAAUGUGACAGAUGUUAAUAAAACAUGUUUACAAUGAAGUGCUUAUGGAUUCCUGCUGAUUCAUUAAUCAUUAUCUAAGUGUUAUAACUGUUUAUGAAAUACAUUCUGAUGGGUUGUAAUUUGAUUACAACUGUUUAUUAUAAGAAAUUUGGUGUUACCUUUUUUAUCCAAUAUUUUUUAUCUUCCACAUGUAAUGAUAGCCACAUGUAUGUCCCUAUUUGGCUACCCCAUGUGCAUAUACAUUUUGUUUACAAUAAUUUGGAUGUUUAUAAUUAAUGUUUAUCAAAUGUGAUGAAUUUGUAAAUAUCAUGGUUUUUUAUAUGAAGUUUAAUUCAUUAUCAUAAAUCUUUACUCUGCUGAUUACUGUCUGUGGUGGACAUGGAAAAAAUUCUUUAUUCAACUCUAAUCAAAAUUGAUUUUCCUUAUGUAAAGCCAGCACUGAAUACUUCAUUAUGGUUUUCAUUGUGUUAAUUAAAAUGAUAUGUUUGUAUACCUGUGAAAUGUUAAAUAUAUGUAAUUAUUGACUCUUGAUCUUAUAAUACUCAAAUUAUUGUGUAUUUCAUAGAGAAAUGUUCAGCAUAUAACAUACCGCAAUAUAUCAACAUCAACCCUUUUAUGCCCUGCUAAAUGCAUGGGAACUUGCAACAAUAUUAAUCGAAGGUUGAUUUUUGAAACAAUAUAUUUUUACAUUCUGAUUUCAUUAAAACAUUCAGCCCUAUAUGCGCUAGUGUACUGUGAUGACCUUAUGUUUUUCUCAAUAUUUUUAUAGCAAAAAGACAUUUGUACUAUUAAAAUGAAUAUUUUGCGAGUUUUCUAGGUGACUCUUAAUUGUGAAGAUUGUGUACAACAUGAACUUGAUCCAAAUGCAAUAUUAGGUCUUUUUACAUGUGUUGUCAUGUAAGGUUGUAUUGUCACGCUUUUACAUAAUUUACUGAUGGCUAAAUAUGAAACAAAAUGUGUUA